CGGCGGCGCACGGUCGUCCGGCCGUCCGCUGGGCGGGGACGCGGCGGCGGUGGCGGUGGCUCCGUGUCACCGGAGCCCGAUCGCGCAGGCCCGUCCCGGCGGUCGGGGGCCGGGCGGGACAGGGGCGCCAUGUGGUUCAUGUACGUGCUGAGCUGGCUGUCGCUCUUCAUCCAGGUGUCCUUCAUCACGCUGGCCGUCGCGGCUGGACUCUAUUAUCUGGCAGAACUGAUAGAAGAAUACACAGUAGCCACCAGCAGGAUCAUAAAAUACAUGAUCUGGUUCUCCACAGCUGUGCUGAUUGGUCUCUACGUUUUUGAGCGCUUCCCCACCUGCAUGAUUGGCGUGGGCCUCUUCACCAACCUCGUCUACUUUGGCCUCCUCCAGACCUUCCCCUUCAUCAUGCUGACUUCGCCUAACUUCAUCCUGUCAUGCGGACUAGUGGUGGUGAAUCAUUACCUAGCAUUUCAGUUUUUUGCAGAAGAAUAUUAUCCUUUCUCAGAGGUCCUGGCCUAUUUCACUUUCUGUCUGUGGAUAAUCCCAUUUGCAUUCUUUGUGUCACUGUCGGCUGGGGAGAACGUCCUGCCUUCUACCAUGCAGCCAGGAGAUGACGUGGUCUCCAAUUACUUCACCAAAGGCAAGCGGGGCAAACGCUUAGGGAUCCUGGUUGUCUUCUCCUUCAUCAAAGAGGCCAUUCUACCCAGUCGUCAGAAGAUAUACUGAUCCCCCUGGGUAGGGUAUGCCGGGGCAAGAUCAGGAGAGCCAGGCCCCUGGGCCUCUGUACUAGGUGGGAACAUGAGCCUGGAAGGCACCUUCCCCCAGCCCUGGCCUGACUUCCUUCAACUCUCCUUGAAGCUCCCAUCCCCACCCUCCUCGGGUGGCUCAGAUCUGAUACUGCUAGAGGCUGUGACCUUAGAGGGCACUGAAGGCGGCAGAGCCUGCUUGGCCAGGAGGCUGUGGUCCACCUGGUUGUGUGGAAGCUGAGCUCUCUGUGGUCCUCCCCACCCCCUUCCAUGCUGGGUCAGGAGGUGCUGGCUCAGCUGGGGCAGGCAGGGCAGAGGCCAUGAAGCUGGAGAGCAGACAGUGAUAAGUUAUUUGGGCAGAUGGCCAUGGGGCGGGGCCAUGGCUUGGCACUUCCAAGAGAAAUAGUUUUUGCUAUUGAACUGUGAUUUCUGUCCAAGUCUGAUUCCUGUUUGAAUAAAGAUUCUAGGUGGCACUGUUUGCCUUAAUACCCUGAAA